AUAUUUUUUAUAGUGUAUUGAGGCUUGUUGUAAAUAAAUUUUAAUAUGAAAUUAAUCCACCUGUAAAAAUUCGACAUGGAUUCAGUCAGUUUUGUUGAACGUGCUGUCGUGGAUGACAUUGAACCAUCAACUCAUUGUGUGAGAGGGGAAUUGAUGGAUAACUUUGGCAUUCUUAUUCAGGGAAUUCUUGGUGCAAUUGCCUUCAGCACAUUAAUGCUCAAAAGGUUGAGGGAACCAAGAAAACAAAGAAGACCAUGGACAAUAUGGUUUUUUGAUACAUCAAAACAGGGACUUGGAACGUUGUUUAUUCAUUUUGCAAAUGUCUUUCUCGCUGAUGCAUUAUCUGCUGAUGACCCGUGCACUUGGUAUCUAAUCAGCUUCAUACUUGAUUCUACAGUUGGGCUGCUGCUUAUUUACCUUGGUUUGAAAUUCAUCAAGUACAUUGUUCGUUCUUUCAAUUGCACAUCUCUUUACUUUGGAGAAUAUGGGGAUCCACCAAAAUGCAGUGCAUGGAUUGGACAGUGUGCUCUUUAUCUCAUUGUGAUGGUUAUUGAAAAGGUACUAGUUGGCUUGAUGGUGAUGCCAAGCUUUUGGCAGGAAGUUAGGAAGUACAUGCUUAGCUGGAUAAAAGACCCUCAUGUUGAAGUUAUUCUGGUGAUGCUUGUCAUACCAUUUUUAGUUAACACAAUAAUGUUUUGGGUUAUCGACAACUUUUUAAUGCGGAAAACAAAACGUUUUUAUGGUAGUUCAGUUUCUGAUAUUCAUAAAACAUUAACACUUGGGUCGAAAGGCUCAGACAAAGACAUUAAUGUGUCUUACAGUAUCGCUAUGCGAUCAGACAGUUUCGAUAGUGGUGAGGAGUUUGGAACCAAAAGAGGUGGGUCUCGUAACUCAGCAGUCCGUUACCAUAAAUUAUCAUCAACCAGUGUCAAAGAUGGCAAAAAUUCUGGUGAUAGUUAUUUGGAUACAAGAGAAAAUGAUGAAACUUUGCUUUUACUUCAAGAGGAAACAGAGAUACCUCGAGGUUCCAGUAUCAAAGAUGUUUUAUCUAAUGGUAAUCCAUCUUAUAGUCAGGAGAAUUCUUUAGAUUCUGAUAAUUCAGACAAUGCUAUAAAGAAGUAUACGCUUCUUACGAAUAGUGUGAAAAGACUGUAAGUUUAGUACAUUUUUCCGAUUCUUUUUAAUCGUACCAUUUUCAAAUAUAUUCCAGUGCUUCCUAGGAAAGUUUGAAAUUGAUAUUUUGUCCAUUUUGUCAAUCUCGAAAUUUCUAAUGAAAAACAAGUUUUAAAUAAUAAUUAAAUAAUCUAUUACUGAUAGCUGAAAUCAAAUAUAUGAUUGUCGUUCUCUAUUCAUGUAUUUUGAUGAAAGUUUUCUUUUUUAUUUGCCUAGCACCUCAACCAUGUCUCAUUUUUUUUCCUUUUUUGCUAUCAUAGAAGACUAAAUGAUGUGGAUAUCUUUCUUUGAAUAUUAUUCUUACUUUUAUAACAUUUUCUUCAUGACCAAUCAGUUGUCCAGUCACAUCUAAACCAUCUAUCGAUCUUGUUUACAUUUAAAGCGAAUAUAUUAGAGUGACUUUAUUUAUCGGAAAAAUGGCAGAAUUCCAUUUUCAUCCCACGAAGUAAAUAUCAUGAUCUCAGUUGUGGGGAAUCUAAUUAAGACCUCCCAAUCUUUCUUGGUGAUAUAUCUGGACCAUAGGGAUGGUUUGGAGUUACACUGGUGUUGGCUCAAGCUCUGGAGCCACACUAUAUUCAACUGUUGCUUUGGCUCCAUCUCCCUAGCCAUUGAUGUAUUUUGGUAUGACUACCGUGAAACAUAAAUGCAGUUUUAAAGCAGUGGGACUCGAAGUACUAAAGUACUAAAACUUGAAAGAAAAGUAGUAUAAACUGAAAGAGGUAUUUCUAUCGUAUUAGGAAAUUUUAAAAUUUGAUAUAAGCGGGGAAGCCACCAAAAUUCCCGGUGGCUUCAGCUUCAGUUUCAUUUGAUAUGAUAAGCUUGGAUCCAGCUUAGGCUGUUAGGAAACAUGGCAUGGCUCCCAGUCCUGGAUGUAUGACUGGAAGCAUAUAUAUUUGAACCUAUUUGUGAAGCUUUUUAGUUAUCGUAAUUGCUGAACCAAACAUUCUUUUUCACAUUUUUUUUCCGAAUUUGAUUUGGCUUUCCAAUUUAAUACUGGCGUGUUGCAGUUACGGUCGGAAGUUUUUCUGACCAUAUUUACCUACUUGAAUUUUGUAUACGUUAACCUAUCUUGAAUUUUCUCGCUGUACCUAAUUUUCUUUAUUUGGAAAAAACAGGAAAAUUGUACAAAGUGCAUCCUAUGUUGAUACUAAAUCUGUUCCAAUAUGUAUGAUUUCUGUAGUUGUAUAUUUUUGUAUCUUUGAAUAGAAAUUUACUGUAGAGUGUAGAAUUUAUAAAAUAAAUUCUGUUAAUAUUUGAAAUAUGAUAGGAUUUGCUUAUCCCAAGAAAGGUAAAAGACAGCAAAUGAGGUUAACAUCUUGCUGAAACUUACCUUCAUAUACCAGCCACAGAAAAUGAUUGAUAAUGUCUUACUCUGUGUUCUAGUUCUGGUUGUCUGCACCUGGGAUUGAUAUAUACGUGUAUAUAUAUUUAAAUAUAUUGGGCCUAAAUGCUUUCAAUAUAUAUUUUAUAUAAUUUCUGUACUAAUAUAUUGAUCUAUCCCAUUAAAUUGCAUUUGAUUGUACAAUUUUUGAAAUGAACUCUAUCAUUAUUUUUGUUAUGUCACCAUUUUGAGAGGUUGCAAAUGUGGCUGGUUAUUCAAGGAUAAUUCUGUAAAUUUAUUGUAAUGUUUCGGAGACCAAUAUAGUGGUGUUCAUUUUGACAUUUAGAUUUGGUAAAGUAAAUUAAACACCCUUUUUUGUUAGUGCGUGUGUAUAUUUAGCUUUGUGUAACUCAAAAAUGGGCCCUUGUUAUCGCCUGAGGCAAAUUGAUUCUGCUUUUUCUGUGCCUUUUUGAUGUGUCUUGAAGUAAGUAUGCAAGUGAUGUUUCAGCCUAAGAAUAAAGCAUACAUCCAACAUUGUUAAGAUUUUUAGGUAAAAUUAUGUUAAUUGAAUUUAACAUCUAUGACAAGUUAGGUUUCCCUAAUUAAAUAUUUUUAUUGUAACUAAGAUUUGCAUAUUGGGUAAGCGUAGCUGAUUUUAGGUGCAAUAUGCUCGUGCAGUGCAAUGUAAAGCUUGCUAUAAUAUUUAUAUGCUUGUGACAAUUUAAUGAAUAAAGAAGCAUUUGUUCUUUUUUGUAAUGUGCUAAAGUAAAAUUUCUAGCAGUAGGACUCUUACUGACUAUAAACAUACCAACUAUUUGUCCUAUUAAUAGCUCGUAUUUUAGCAUUUUAUUUUUGCAUUUUUUGUUUCUGAAUAUUUUAAUGUUCCUGUUGUUGUUCCUUAGCUUUCAUCACUUCACAUUUCAUUGUCUGUGUAAUCUGGUGUUAAAUUCUGUGGAGGUUUUUAUUUGAUUGCUUUUCUUUGGCGUAUGUCAUAUUUUUACUGCUGCAUAUGUACAUAAUAUUUUGGUUUAGCUGAAGCAUUUUUGAGUCAAUGUGCCUUUUUUGUUUGCACAAUACAAUAUUUAUCAAUAAAAAUAUAGUGGAUACUUUACGUUCU